UUAAGGGGUGUUUUGUCUAUCAGAAGUUGCAAACGAUAAGGAAUAACUUAGGUCAUCAACGAAGACGAUACUUAAUUAAGUAAUAAAAAAAUAUCAGUGCCCCGCCUGACCCGAUUCACCCCAACCAGAAGUGGAGGCUCCGCCACCAAAAACCAUCUCUGCUGGUCGGCACCGUUUCCCCUUUUUUAGUGGUCUGUCUACAGAUAUUGGAUUGUGAGAUUAUGGGGAGAGCUUCAAGGGAUAAAAGGGAUAUAUACUAUAGAAAAGCAAAGGAAGAAGGUUGGCGUGCUCGAAGUGCCUUUAAGCUCAUUCAGAUAGAUGAGGAAUUCAAUAUUUUUGAAGGAGUGAAGCGUGUGGUGGAUUUAUGUGCUGCACCUGGUAGCUGGAGUCAGGUUUUGAGCCGUAAACUAUAUUUACCAGCAAAACUUUCACCUGAUUCAAGGGAUAAUGAUCUUCCCCUUAUUGUGGCCAUUGAUUUGCAACCUAUGGCUCCCAUUGAAGGUGUUAUCCAAGUCCAGGGUGAUAUUACCAAUGCCCGAACUGCUGAAGUGGUCAUUAGACAUUUUGAUGGCAGCAAGGCUGACUUGGUUGUGUGUGAUGGUGCCCCUGAUGUUACCGGACUCCAUGACAUGGAUGAAUUUGUUCAGUCUCAACUCAUACUAGCGGGUUUAACAAUUGUCACACAUGUACUCAAAGAAGGUGGAAAAUUUAUUGCGAAGAUAUUUCGUGGAAAAGAUACAAGUCUUCUGUAUUGCCAGCUCAAAUUAUUUUUUCCUGUGGUGACUUUUGCCAAACCAAAAAGUAGCCGCAAUUCCAGCAUAGAGGCAUUUGCAGUUUGUGAGAAUUACUCUCCUCCUGAGGGAUUUGAUCCGAAAGACUUGCAUCGCCUUUUGGAAAAGGUGGGAAGCCCCUCUGGUGCAGAUGACCUAGAUUGCAGUAGCGGGUGGUUAGAAGGGGCAAGUAAGGUGUAUAUUCCAUUUCUAGCUUGCGGGGACCUUAGUGGGUAUGACUCUGACCGAUCAUAUCCACUACCAAAAGAUGCCGAUGGCACAUAUCAGAGCUUGGAUCCUGUACAACCCCCAAUUGCCCCUCCUUAUAAAAGAGCCCUUGAAAUGAAGAAAGCUUCUAGUCAUGGUGUAAAAGAGCUUGAAAAGCCCUCUUUGGAUUCUUGAUUGUGCGAAACUUUUUCCUUUUUUCCAAAGCAUCAGCUAACAAACUAGGAAUGGUUAGCUUUGUUAUACGGACCUGUCACUAGAUGGCAUAAGUACAAUCACUUGUCUUCGACAUUCUGGUCAAUUUUUCUUUCAAAUUGUUAAGCCCAUCUUGGCUUACAUGUAUGUAUACAUCCUUAUCUGGAGAAUGCAUACGAGCCAGCGUCAAGAACAAUGAUGGUUUUUAAGACCCUUUUUGGCUGUGGAGCCAUUGCUGCUAGCUUGCUGAUGGAAAUCUGUCGUGUGAUCUACUAUUCGAGUAGUGCACAUUGUAAGGAGAGUUUACUGGGCGAGCAGGCCUAUAUUGGAGGGGCUUUUUUAUCGCUGAGCAAUGAAUGCACUUUGGAACUGAUGUAUUUAUUAUUUAACUAUAUUUUAUAGCACUCGUUUCCUUCCUAUUAAAA